UUCGCUGAGUCAAAACCCUUUCCUUCAUAUAACUAGUCCUUCAUUCAUUGACCAACAGCCUUUCAUCUCCCCUUCCCUCAUCCGUCAUUCUGUCGUAAGGCUCCCAGUAAAGCAUGGGUCUCCGCGACCGAAUCAGGUCGCUACGAUCCGGCUCAGCCUCAUCUUCUUCCAAAAUUCCACUCUUUACACCACCGCCGCCGCCCGGGCACAAAGAACUGCAUACUCGCAAGGACGAAAGCUGCCAUCGCAAUGCAAGUGUUCAAGCUAUCUCAAGCGGAGCAUGCGCCCAUAAAAGGCUGGCCGCAUGUCAGCUAUCUGCAGCCUUGUGCUGCGCUUGCUUGGAUAAGAGGCCAAGUGCUGCUACGUAUACGGUAUACGUGGAUGGCACUGGCAAUGUCAAUCGUGGAACACGGUGGCGGCAUUAUUGCUCGGGUAGCGCAGGUAAUUUGUUUUCUAGCAGUUCCUAUUCUGAUGUCCAGAUUUGCUUGAGAAGAAAGCAUAUCUUUAUUCUUCUCCUCACUUUGUUGUCAAAACCCUGUAAUUUCGUUUCUCAAGUCACUCUCAUGUCAAUAUCCAGAACCGUGGAAAUACAACAAGGUCAACCUCAGAACCACUCUCGCCCAGCUUGCUGCCCAUCUCCUUCCUCACCGAGAGCCUCUAUUUCCUGACUUCCUGUCGUUACUUAUACCUGAUAUCAUCCACACAAUGCUAACGACCCUAAAAGUCCACUGGACCCGUCAAGCACGCCGCGGCAACCGUCUCGAAAGCCCAAUGCUCAAAUACCUCCACCUUUCCCUAUCACGUGGCAGCCACACAUGCAAUCUUGACAUCCCGAGCUUGCAACCCGAGACUCUGAGCGUCGAGGAAGUCCGUGCAGAUGCCGCACGGAUGCUGGAUGUCAGAGAUCCGGCUGCUAACAUCAUUGACCCAUCACGACUGCGGCUAUACCU